AUGGAGGCGGCCAUGGCGGAGUUCCAGAGCCUAGGGUCGCUCGGCCCCGUAUGCGCGGUGGCGAACGAGUUCCUGCGCAACCAGACGGUGCGCAACGAGUACGAGGCGGAAGAGCAAUGCGACCGCUUGUUCCACCCCACCCAAUACGACAUGCCCGUCAACCGGCUCGCCUCCGCCGCCGCCGCCCGCUUCUUCGCGCUGCCACCCGACGACGACGUCGACCGCGUCAGCCGCCUCCCCGACGCGCUCCUCCGCGACGUCGUCUCCCGCCUCCCCGUCAAGGACGCCGCGCGCACCGCCGCGCUCUCCCGCCGCUGGCGCGGGGUCUGGCGCUCGGCGCCGCUCGUCCUCGCCGACGCGGACCUCCUCCCCGACACCUCCGCCGUGUCCCGCGUCCUCGAGGCGCACCCGGGGCCCUUCCGCUGCGUCCACCUCACCAGCACCCGCGCGGAGGGCUUCCACGGCCUGCUCACGCGCUGGCUCCGGCUCCUCGCCGCCAAGGGCAUCCAGGAGCUCGUCCUCGUCAACGCCCGCUGGCCGCUCGACUACUUCCUCCCCGCCAACCUCCUGGGCCUGACCAGCCUCACCCGCUUCUACCUCGGCAUGUGGAGGUUCCCCGACACGGCCGGUCUCCGGCGCGCCACCUGCUUCCCCAAUCUCCGUGACCUCGGGCUCUGUCACGUCCUCGUGGAGAGAAGGGAUCUGGACUUCAUCCUCGACAGGAGCCCCGUGCUGGAGACGCUCUGUGUCCAGGGCAAUGUGCUCAAGCUUCGCAUCCGGCUCGUCAGCCAGAGCCUCCGGUGCGUGCAGAUCAUUGGGUGCUUCAUCGAAGAGAUCUUCGUGCUGGACGCCCCAAAUCUUGAGCGGUUCAUCUAUUCAGAUGCUUGGCACCCUGUUGGCAACUGCACCACCACGGUCAAGAUCGGCCAUGCCCCCAAGCUGCACUUGUUGGGAUACUUGGCGUUGGACCCACGGAAGCAUGUCCUAGAUGUCGGCAACAACAUCAUUAAGCCUGGGACAGGGAUGAGCCCAAGCACCAUGCUACCAGGUGUGAAAGUCCUGGCUUUGGAGGUGCGUUUCGCAGUCCGCAAUGAUGUCAAGAUGAUCCCCAAUGUCCUCAGAUGCUUUCCGAAUGUUGAGACGCUCCACAUCAUGUCUGGAAAAACUGAUCAAUCCACUGGCAAGGUCAACCUGAAGUUCUGGCUCGAGUCUGGUACCAUAGAAUGCAUAGAGUCGCGCAUCAAGCUGCUGGUUUUCCAUGGUUUCCAAGGGGAUCGAAGCGAGCUCGCCUUCCUCAAGUUCUUCUUUGAGAGCGCCUUGGCGCUGGAGGAGGCGGUGGUUCUGUUGGCCGCUGAUCCGACGGAUGAGAUGAUACGCAAGGUGGUGUUUCUGAAGUACAUGGAACGGGCCAGUGAAGCCUCCAUACUGUCGGUCGGCCGUUCUGGUCCUCGAGGCUUCGCUCAGAGCGCCAGGAGAGGAUCUGAUUUCUCCCUCGGCGACCCUUUUGCCAACUAUUGCCGCAGCGACUUGUAUCGUAUGUCAUCACCCCGCCCCUUGUACCUGUGCUAG